AUGCACAGGCACAUCCCUCACAUUCCAACCGAGCGCCUACCCAUUAACCUUCCUCCCACCCGCACACAUCUCAUUGACCCCACCACCCACAGCCCCUACAACAACGACCACAACACACACGGAGGACCUAGCUUCACAAGCACAGACAUCUCACAGCAAAUCCCCAUCGCCAACGACUUCUCCCCCUUCACCGACUCUUCCCGAAGCCCAAAUGCGGGCUGGAAUCACAACUCAGCACCCAGACGUGCCUCACUCUCGGCGGCGGCCAAGGCACGAUGCGUUCCUGCCACACUGAGCCCAACCCCCUCACUAUCAAGCAUUGCACAAAUCCACCCAAGCAGCCCCCAGAGCCGAGACUACAGCAGCAUCGACACUAUCCACGAAGCGGGGAAACAACGUAACCACAUCUUACACCAUCGAUCCAGAAAGACAACACUUCCUGGAUUCCAAGAUACAUGGCAACCCGAUACUCUGCAACGGAGCAAUGGCAGGGGACAAAACAUGGGACUUCGUAUCUCCGAUGAGGUUCCUUUUGGUGAACAUCCCCGUCGAUAUAAUCGCCAAGUAGUUCCAAAAGUUGCUGCUGUUGUUCUUGACGAACAAUACAUGAAUUUUGAGUGCUAUCAAGGGGUCGUAGAUGCUUUGCAGGAAGACAAUGGAGCACGCAUUGGGCGUUGCAUUGUCUUACCUACAACAUUCAUUGGUUCCCCCCGAUACAUGCAAAAACUCUUUCAUGAUAGUAUGGUUUUGGUUAGAGUUUUAGGAAAACCCGAUUUGUUUGUGACAAUGACAUGUAAUCCGAUCUGGCCUGAGAUUCUUGAUGAGCUUGAGCCAGGUCAAAGUCCUCCUGAUCGUCCAGAUAUUGUUGUGCAUGUUUUCGAGCUCAAGUUAAGAGCAUUGAUGGAUGAGAUUACGAAGAAGAAUGUCAUGGGAGAGACAAUUGCUUUUUGUUACACUAUUGAGUUUCAAAAACGUGGUCUUCCUCAUGCACACAUUCUUCUUUGGUUGAAAGACAAGGUCAAUGACUGUGACCUUGUAGAUAGGAUAGUAUGUGCAGAGAUUCCUGAUUUAGAUAGACAACCGCAAUUGUAUGCCGCGGUUGCCAAGCACAUGAUGCAUGGACCAUGUGGUUUGGACAAUCCCAAUUGUCCAUGCAUGGAAGACGAUAGAUGUACAAAGAACUAUCCGAUGCAAGCUCGAGAUACUACCGAGGUAGAUGGUGACGGACAUGUUUUGUACCGUCGUCGAAAUCAAGGUCGAUAUAUCGAGAAACGUGUACGUGGACAAAUUGUCCGUUUAGACAAUCGAUGGGUUGUGCCAUACAAUCCAUAUUUGAUAGGUCGAUUUAAUUGUCACAUUAAUGUGGAAAUUUGCAGUUCUGUAAAAACUGUCAAAUACCUCUAUAAGUAUAUUUUUAAAGGUUCAGAUCGUAGUGUUGUAGAAACAGAUGAAGUGGUAGAUGAGAUUAAGGAUUUCUUAGAGGGUCGUUAUGUGGCCGCCCAAGAAGCAUGUUGGAGGCUCUUUGGUUUUGAAACUAAUAAUAAGAGCCAUAGUAUUUGUCGUUUGCCUGUUCACCUUCCCGAUCAGCAAUAUGUUACUUUUAAGGAAGGAACAUCUUUGCACUCGGUGAUUGAUCAAAAUGCUGAGACUAAACUCACCAAGUUUUUUGAGCUUAAUUGCCAUAUUCGUGCCUUAAUUGCUUCUGGCAAUCAAGGCAACCAUAUGCUUCUUCGUUACAUGGAUCUUCCACUCUAUUACAAGUGGGAUGUGAAGAAUAACAUGUGGGAAAGAAGAGUACGUAAGAUAAAAGUUUUUGGUCGGAUAAACAUGGUUCCCAUAGGUACCGAAGUAUUUUACUUGCAUUUGUUGUUGACUCAUGUCGAGGCACCAACUUCAUUUGAGGACCUACUUUGUUUUCAGGAUAUAGUGCAUCCAACGUACAAGGCCGCUUGUAUUGCAAGAGGACUUUUACAAGAUGAUUCUGAAUGGGAAAAUUAUCUGCAAGAGGCAACUGUCAUUGCGUUGCCUAAACAAGUUCGACGGUUGUUUGCAACACUUCUUGUAUUUGGACAACCGCUAGAUCCUCUUAGCUUACUAAAGACACAUCUUGAUGCUAUGUCUGAUGAUUGGCACAAUGAUCAAAAUCGCUAUUGCAAAGCAAUUUUGUCCAUUGAAGAAUAUUUGUCAUCAUCAGACAAACAUCUUACAGAUUUUUUUAAUAUUGAAGAAUUGAAUGAGUUUGGUUAUUCAAACAUUGUUGAUGUUGGCGGUGAUUCCAAUGACAAUAUUGAUUUUGAUAACCAAAACAUUACUUUUCUAGAGGAGGAUGUAGGUAGGCUCAACGAAGAACAAUACAUUGUUUUUAAUGCGGUGACCACUGCCGUUUUAAAUUCUGAUUCUCCAGAUCGGCUUUUCUUUUUAGAUGGUCCUGGUGGUACAGGUCAAAGCUUACGUGAAGUACAAUUGAUUGUACUUGAUGAAGCUUAUGCUGGGCAUCGUUUUAUGUUUGAAGCUAUAGAUAGAUCAUUGCGAGAUAUACGCAAUAUAGAUAGUCCAAAUGGUGGUGUUGUAGUAUUAUAUGGCGGUGAUUUUCGCCAAACUUUGCCUGUAGUUGUACGUGGAGGUCGCAAGCAAACUGUUCAAGCUUGCUUGUGA